AUGCUAGGGUUAAACCCUAGCCAGCACGGCCUCGUCAACGCCGCCGUGGCCGCGGCCAGCACCGGCUCAUCCGCGUUCCCUCGGAUGGUGCUGCCCGACUCGCCCCGCGCGUCGGCUUGCACCCCGAUGCCCGGCUUCCACGUCUACCCGCAGGCCUCCUGCCUCUCCGGGGAGUGCUCGCCCGAGGUGAGCGUGGUGGCACCUUCCACGCCCACCCCCGCGCCCAUCGACCUCCACGCCACACCGGUGGCCGGUGGCUCGUCAUCCGGAGGCGCGAGGAAACGCGCACGGCAGAUGCCAGCCGACGUGCUGUCGGGAGCACGCAACCUAUUCGACGGAAUGCCGGCCGCCGGCAACGAGGACUACAUGCAGAACAUGAUCUUCGAGGGUGGUACGCCGGCCGCUGGCUACGAUCCCGACGAGACACAAAGCCAGGACGGCUGA